GCCUUCCCGGUAUUGCAUGAUUUGCCAUAAUGCCACGUAUUAUCAUGAUCAAAAUGUCGUAAUGGAUGCCACAAGAUUGCGAAAGCUAAUAAAAUAUGCCGACGGCGGUAGACGAGUCACGCGUAAUCUUUGCAAAUCUGCGUCCGCAAAGUUGCAGCAACCAUCAAUCGAAAUGGAUAUCUUCGACAAUAAGUACUAUGGGCUGACUCGACAACUAAUGGCGUCGAUCGGUCUGUGGCCCUACCAGAAGCGAGAACAUCAAAUCGUUCAAUCGCUCUGCGUGUCUUUCAUUCUCAUCCUGUCUAUACUACUGCAGUUGGCAACGUUUAUCACGCACGAAUUUAGUACAUCGUUGUUUAUUGAGGUCUUCUCGUUUGAUAUUCUUUGUAUAAUUUAUGCUCUGAAAUAUAUUAUAGUAUAUUUUCAUUCCAAUCAUGUCAAAAGUCUCUUUGACCAAAUCCAACGCGAUUGGAAAUUGAUAAAGAAUGCGGACGAAUUGAAAAUAAUGCAGCAAUAUGCAUACAAUGCAAAAUUUUAUACAAUUUUUUCUGGAUCAAUCGUUUAUCCGGGAACACUUGCUUUUAUUUUAACGAUGUUUGUACCGGAUGUUCUCGACAUUAUAACGCCGUUAGACGAACCUCGUCCACGACAAUUGCCAGUUCAAAUAGAAUUCUUUUUUGACCAAGACAGAUAUUUCUACCUGUUCUCAUUCAUAUUUAUAAUAGUCGCUUUUUUGGGUAUGACGGUGCUUAUGGCGACGGAAAACAUGUACAUGUUAUUUACGCAGCAUGCUUGUGGGCUAUUCAAACUCCUUAGCCAUCGUUUAACACGUACAUUCGAUAUGUGUUCAUCAAAGAUAACACCAUCUAAAACUAAGUGCAGAGUUUGCACCAAUUUGUUAAGUGUUAUUAACAUUCAUCAGCACUGUUUAAAAUUUCUCUAUGAUAUGCAAUAUAAGUUUUCAUCGUCUUAUUUUAUCUUAUCCGGAUUUGGUGUGGCAUCACUGAGCGUUAAUAUGUUUCGCCUUUUUCUGGCACUUAAUGCUGACAAUGUAUUCGAAUCUGUUUCAUCUGGUUUGUUCGUAUACGCUCACUUCUGUUAUAUAUUUUGGAUGAACUAUUUUGGACAGGAUCUGAUCGAUCAUGGCGAAUACCUUUUGCAACAAAUAUGUAAUGCACAAUGGUACACAGCACCGUUGCAUAGUCAAAAAUUACUACUCAUGGUACUACGACGAAGCAUGAAGAGCACCGCGAUUAUUGUGGGUGGUUUAUUUAUUCCGUCAUUAGAAGGUUUUGCCACGCUUAUUAGUAUGUCAUUGUCCUAUUGUAUGGUUAUAUACUCCGUUCGUACAUAAAAAUGCAUUUAUGAUGACGUAAAUGUAAUUAUAAAUGUUAUUUAAAAUGUGAGUACAGCAUUCUCAAUAAAAUAAAAGUGUAUUAAAAAUUUGCGAUACUUAAUGAGCGUAAGAGCGAUGGCAUAACAGCACAGAACGAUAGUAUAGUAAAUAAACGCAAUUUUCCAUUCUAAGGAUGAUCCGUGAACGGUCGGCGGUUUAAAUAAGAAUGAUACAUAAUGCGGACACCUAACGUGCGCCCGCGUAAUAUCUGCAUAAAAAUAUAUAGAUUACGCCUCAUAGAUGCAAUUGAUAGGCAUAGAGAUAGAUGGAGAUGUUAUAUGGCCUGUAAUAAUACAUGAUAGAUAUAAUGUCGCCCAUAAUAACAUAUAAUUUAGUUGGCGUAUAUUUUCCACGCUGACUGAAUUACGCGUAUAAUUUGGAAAAUGUUUCAUCGAUUGCUUGAUAAUAUCGGCUAUUAUCUUCGUGCGGGAAUAUGAAAAAAUGACGUGAAAUUGC